AUGGCUGCUUGUAGUUAUACAUGUCAAGUUAAUUAUUGUUGUUCGCAAAAGCCUGUUAUACCAAAAUUUAAAGACUUGGGAGCCUCAGUCUCGUUUAAUUUGAAGCCAUUUUUGACAAAUUUGGAACAUUUUUCCUUGAUAAUGGAUGUUCCAAAAGUUAUAUUGAAGGAAACUAUUUUCAAAUUAUUGGACAAUUUUGUAGAUUUGACCUUUGAAUUUGUGGAUCAACCUUUAUCCCCAUCUCAGAGUAAUUUUGCACCUGUUGAAGAAAUUGGAGAAGCUGUAAGAGUCACUAUAGUUCAAGGGAAAAUUCCAGAUGAUUUUCCAGAGGGUGUAUACAUAAGAAAUGGAUCAAAUCCUCUCUUUGGAGGAUUAAAAUCAACCAAGUCAAUAUUUGGAAAAUCAAGCCAUUUAUGGGUUGAAGGUGAAGGAAUGCUUCAUGCUUUGUACUUUACAAAAGAAAAAGGCAACAAAUGGAAUAUAUUAUACAAGAACAAAUAUGUAGAAACAGACACAUUCAACAUGGAAAAAAAUCUUAAAAAACCAGGAUUUAUUCCUAAUAUUGAAGGGGAUUCUCUUGCUGUUUUAGUGGCUUCCCUUUUAAAUGUGAUGAGAUUUGGUGUAUUGCACAAAUAUAUAAGCAAUACAAAUGUGUUUGAGCAUUCAAAGAAGUACUAUUCAAUUGCUGAAAAUCAUAUGCCUCAAGAGAUAAACAUACAAACACUUGAAACUUUGGGAAAUUGGACUGUUAAUGGGGCUUGGAGUCAACCAUUCACAGCCCAUCCAAAGAAAAUACCAGACACGGGUGAACUAGUUACAAUGGGAAUUAAUCCACUAAAGCCUUAUCUUCAGCUAGGAGUUAUUUCAACUGAUGGAAAACAAAUGGUUCACAAGGUGGAUGUCAAACUUAAUAGGUGUAUCAUUUGCCAUGAAAUUGGAGUUACAAAGAGGUACAAUGUGAUUUUGGAUUUUCCACUAACUAUUGACCUAAACAGACUUAUUAUUGGAGAGCAAUUAAUAAAAUAUGAUAAAGAUGGAUAUGCAAGAAUUGGAAUAAUGCCUCAUUAUGGUGAUGCUAAUUCCAUUAAAUGGUUUGAAAUUGAACCAUGUUGUGUAUUUCACAUAAUAAAUUGUUUUGAAGAUAAUGACGAGGUGGUGGUGAGGGCAUGUAGGGCUCGUAGAUCGAUUAUACCAAGACCAGAUAUUAUAGUAGAUGAGUUUGAGCUGAGUUUGGACGAAUUAGACGAGAUGAAUUUCAGUAAAAACAAUGUUCAGACGUUAAAAGAGAUUUUUUCAUUUUUUCGAGUUUGUGAAUGGAGAUUAAACAUGAAAACAGGAGAAGUGAAGAUGAAAGAUUCAACUACAACCGAUCAUCAAUUUAUAAUGGAAUUCCCAAUGAUCAAUGAACACUUCAUUGGUAUUAAAAACAAAUUUUGUUAUCUACAACUUAUUGAUUCAGAAGCUUUCUCUAAUUACUUUGGAUUUGCUAAAUUUGGAGGGCUAGCCAAACUUCAUUUUGAAGAAAGACAAGAUAAUAAAGAAGAAGAAGAUUUGAUUAAGGUUGAAUAUCACAUUUUCCCAAAAAACACAUUUUGUAGUGGAGCUACAUUUGUUCCAAAACUUGAUGGUGUUGAUGAAGAUGAUGGUUGGAUUGUGGCAUUCACACAUAAUGAAAAUACAAAUCAAUCACAAGUUUAUAUAAUUGAUGCAAAAAAAUUUGAAAGUGAGGCAGUUGCCAUAAUCAUAUUACCAAGUAGAGUGCCAUAUGGAUUUCAUGGGGCAUUUAUGUCCUUCAAUUAA